AUGGUGAAGGAGGAGAAUCAUGAGUCUUCUCGGAGUCAUCUGACCUGUUUUAUCUCACCAUCUCCUCAACAGAAACAGUGUUCAAAUCAUGUUCCUCUCAGACUGAGUGAAGGGGAGAGCCGGUGCUCUGGGAGGCUGGAGGUGUAUCAUAACGCUGUGUGGGGCUCAGUCUGUGAUGAUCAGUGGGACAUCAGCGAUGCUCAGGUGGUCUGCAGGCAGCUGGGUUGUGGAGCAGCACUGAGCGCUGAUGGGAAUUCAACCUUUGGUGCUGAUGAAGGUGUUGUGUGGAUGAACAAAGGUGAAUGCAGAGGGAAUGAGAUUCACCUGUGGGACUGUCCUCUCUCCCUGAAUAACCACACUGACUGCUCCCACAAGAAACAUGUUAGACUCAACUGUACAGAUUUGUCAGUGUCCACUACUCCUGCCACAACAACAUCAGUUUCUCCUCCAGUGCGCUCAACAUCAGUCUCUCCUCCACAAACUCACUCCGUCCCCCCAGUGCUUGUGAUUGUUCUGGGAGUUGUGCUCUUCCUGCUCUUAAUCCCACUGCUUAUACUGAUUCAGCAGAACAGAGUGAUGAGGAGAGCUCUCUCUAAGAGGAGACACAGGACGACGACAGCGGCUGCUUAUGAAGAGAUUCAUUUAAGACACAAUCACUUCACUCAGAGGGCAGGGAGUCUCAUCUUUGAAGAACUGCAUUCUGGGUAUGAAGAUGAUGAUGAGCUUCUCUCAGCAAAAGAGUUCAAGACUGCAUAUUAUGAUAAUGUCACCAACGGCAGUGGCCUAAAAGAAGAGAUGGUGAAGGAAAUCACACCGGGAUACUAUGAUGAUGUCAUCACUGAUGGACUGAAACCAGAUCGUGAGACAGAGGGAGUUCAGGAGGAGUAUGAUGAUGCCAUGAGUGUCAGUGAAGAUGUGAGAAACCUGUCCGAUUAUGAUGAGGAGGAGGAGUCCAACAAAGAAGCUAUUCAUCAAAUCUGAACAAAGUAUGAGUGAC